GAUUUCAAAUCUCCUUCUUUUCUUCGAUUUCCCAACAAAGAUCUCUCAGUCUCUCUGUGAAACGAUGGCUGGAAGAGGAAGAGGAAGGAAGAGACAUAACACUCCAAACAUCGCUCAGAGAGCCGCCGGAAGUCCUGGUGGACGACCUAAUACUCUACCGGCGCAGUACAACUUCACGCCGGCGGUCCAACAUCCUCCUCAGCUGCAAACGCCUGAAGUACAACCUCCUGUUUUGCCAGUACAGUCGAGGACAGCCCAUCUUCGGAACUAUCCACCGCCGCAACAACUUUUCCAGCACUCUUUCACUCCACAACGUGAACCUCAAGUAGGAAGGACGCCUUCAGAAGAAGUACUCCAGAACAAUCAACAGCCACCAGCCACUUCUCAGCAGGCUGCUCCGAUUCUUGAGCAGGAGGCUCCGCCUUCUCCGCCCCAUAACUCUCAGACUCACAGUCAGCCAUCGUCUCAAGGCAACAACUUCGAGGAGUUUCCUCCGGUGUUGCCGGAACUCCAGGAAGACUCACUGCAGGCUCUCAACGACCUACUUGCGGUGCCUGGCAGGGAGAAGCACACCACCGUCCUCAAUCCCGAGCCCAUAGACAAAACUUCAUGGUUUACCCGAGACACGGGAUCGAGACUUGUUCGGAAGAUAACCAAGGUUUUUACAAACAAAUUUGAUGGUCCAUUCUACAGCUGGACAUGUGUGCCUCGUGAUAAACAAGAGAGAUACUUCCUCGAGUUUGCGAAAACCCACACCUGGGAUCCUUUGAUAACAGGGACUGUCCAAUAUUAUUUUGAGUACAUCUGUGGAAAGCGGAUGAAAGACAUGGUUAGUGGUGUUAGGACUAGUCGAGAGAAACCUACUUGGAUAGGAACGACCCUCUGGAAAACAAUGACUGAUUUCUGGGACACUGAGGAAGCACAGGCAAAGAGUCGCACCUACUCCAAGGAAGAGGAAUUGGGAAGACCGGUCAGUUUUGGUGAAGUUUUCAUCAAGACACAUACGAGGCCUGAUGGUACCUUUGUUGAUCUGAAGGCGGAGAAGAUUGCAAGGACAUACGAGAAGAAUGUGCAAGAGAGGUUGUCUGAGCUCGAGGCAGCUAGUUCUGCUGUUUCAGAUGGAGCUUCACGGCCACGGGAGCUCACAGCUGAAGAAUGUACACUAAUAUUUCUGCAGUCCACUGACAGGGAUUCAAGAGGUAAUCCUUAUGGAGUAGGAAGCCUCAAGGAUUCUAUUGUCAAUGGCAAGCGAAAGCAUCCAGGUGACUCCUCUUCCUUUCGGAGCCUGCAAGAACAAUUGAAGGAAGCACAACAAAAGAUAGAAGAGCAGGCUGCGCGUGAAGCUCAGCAGAAGGACAAGCUCGACAACUUCUCCAUGGUGGAGAAGUAUUUGCGCCAAACUGAUCCUCAGUUCCUGAAUUGGAUCGCAAAUCAUUCAGCUCAAGAGACUGCCACAGCCCCUCUCUCAACCUCUCAAUCUCAAAAUAAUCAAGCUACAUCUCCAUCACCAUCUGGUGAAUAGGUUUCUGUUUCUGUCUCUUCCCCCAAGAACUUGGUUUAACUUUUUAGAUUCUGUAGACUUGAACAUGUGUUUUGU